AUGGAGCUUGGUCAGGCGCAGCGACCUCGCGCGCCGGUGGAAUCGUUUCAGGAUUAUGAGCCGCGCCGCAAGUGCACCCUGUGUUGCGGCCUCCGCUGCGCCGCCUUCGCCGGCUCGGCCACCUUCUGUGUCUCCCUCGUCUGCAACGCGGUUGUGCUUGGUGGUCGAGUGACGGACGGACGCGGUUGGCGCGGCUUCUUGAAUCGCAACGCCCUCAUCGCCUUGCCUGCAGCCGCCAUCACCUUCACGCAUCAGGUGCUCCUCUCUGAGUCGUUGUGGAGCAAGAACAAAAAAACGGUGACGCAGGUGAACACGCUGUCCGUGCUGUCGAACAUGUCGCUCUGGGUCGUGGGCACGGUGCUGUGCACGACCAUGUCGCGCCGCUACCUGCCAGCGUGUAGCAGAGCCUAUCGUCUUGCCCUCUGGGAGUACCACCGGGCGCGCCGUGGCUGCGCAAACCCGUGGAUGCCGACGAUCUUCGGCCGUGUGACGGAGGACCUCGACUGGUAUAAUGUGAUGUGGACGCUGUCGCUGUACCACCUGCUGUGGGGCAUGGUGUCGGUCAUGCUGGAGAAGGAGCUCGGCGCGCACUACGCCAUGUUCUACCGAAACUGGCAGUACAGCCGAUGGUGCUCGCCGCGAUGGAGGGAGUGGCGUGAGGUGGAGGUGCGUCGCCACGUGAACACGGAGCAAGCCGUCGCGCCGAACCGGUGGGGCACCUUUAUCACGAAUGAUAAGUGGCGCACGCGCAACUUUUGA